AUGGUGGCGGUGGCGGUGAUGGUGGCGGUGACGGUGACGGUGACGGUGACGCUGGCCGUCCACCCCCCAGCCCGCAAGCAGGAGAUCAUCAAGAUCACGGAGCAGCUCAUCGAGGCCGUCAACAACGGGGACUUCGAGGCCUACGCGAAGAUCUGCGACCCGGGGCUCACCUCCUUCGAGCCCGAGGCCCUGGGCAACCUGGUGGAGGGCAUGGACUUCCACCGCUUCUACUUUGAGAACUUGCUCUCCAAGAACAACAAGCCGAUCCACACGACCAUCCUGAACCCCCACGUGCACGUCAUCGGGGAGGACGCCGCCUGCAUCGCCUACAUCCGCCUCACCCAGUACAUCGACGCCCAGGGCCGGCCCCGCACCAGCCAGUCGGAGGAGACCCGCGUCUGGCACCGCCGCGAUGGCAAGUGGCAGAACGUCCACUUCCACGGCUCGGGGGCCCCCGUCGCCCCGCUCCAGUGAAGAGCUCGCGGUGGCUGUCCUGGUUCCAGCCUGACGGAGACGGCGAUGGGAGCCGAGCCGGCAGCCGGAGCUGCGGCCCCGAAGCACGCGUCCGCAUGCCUGUCCCCCCUCCGCCCCGGCCCCUGCUCCUCCCCCCCUCCAG